UUAAAGAAAAAAAAUUGAGGUUUAAAGUCUAGUAAAUUGGUUAUGUUAGAGAGAAUGCAUGAGCUGAUUAUAUUUUUAGAUGCCAUUGAAGACACCUAAUUUUUUCCGUUUAUUCUAAACUCGCACUUUUUUUUUUCUAUGCACAAUUUAGUUUACAUGUGCGUUGUUUGCCGCUCUUCAUAGUUUGACACAACUGCAAUUACACUUUCAUGUGUGAGGAACGUCGGUGAACUUCGAAACUGUUCGAGCCUCAGACUGGACUGGUGUGAAUCUUAUGUUACCGAAGUUGUUACGCUAAAGCACAAUGUCGGCGGCUGCAUCAAUGCAUAGGCUAACUAAGAAUAUCAAUGGGAAUUUUGGAAAGACUACUGAAUCUUUUGAGACACAAAAAAAAGGAAGUAAAUGUCAUUGUUAUUGGAUUAAAUAAUAGUGGUAAAUCAACUGUAAUUAAUCACUUCAAGAAUGAAGACAGUAGAACUACUGAUAUUGUGCCAACUGUUGGUUUUAAUGUUGAGAAAUUUCGAAACCAGAAUAUUGGCUUCACUGCAUUUGAUAUGUCUGGACAAGGACGGUAUAGAGACCUGUGGGAACACUACUAUAAAGGCUGCCACGGAAUAAUAUUUGUAGUAGACAGCAGUGACAAAUUAAGAUUGGUGGUUGUAAGAGAAGAGUUAGAGCUCCUACUUCAACAUCCGGACAUAUGUUAUCAAAGUAUCCCUAUUUUGUUUUUUGCAAACAAAAUGGAUUUGCCAGAAGCACUAUCAAGUGUAAAAAUUGCAUCAGCACUUGGACUGGAGAGAGUUUCAGACAAGCCAUGGCACAUUUGCACUAGUAAUGCUUUGACUGGUGAAGGCUUACAGGAAGGCAUUGAAUGGUUCACACAACAGAUGAGAGAGUCAAUGAAUAAAUUUGGGAAAUAAA